CGGAGGGAGUUGGCUUCAAAAUGGAAUGGUGAGGCUGAGCACCAAACCCCCAAACCCCAAAGUCGAGAUGAAUUUGAAGGAGCCCCCCAUCACCGGCGCCGGCGCUGGCGCGGCGGCUUCUCCGCCUGCUCCGAGCACCCUCCGGCGGAACCCUCCACGCAGCGCGAGGCCUCCCCCCACCCCUCUCCCCAAUUCCAAACCCUCCCAGAUCUCUCGCUUGCUCGAGGAGGCGGCGGAGCGGCUCAAGGUGUUCCUCCGCAUCCGCCCCCUCCCGCUCCCGGAGCGCAAGGGCAAGGCCAAGUCCCCAACUAAUCCCAAGCAAGUGUGCCUCGUCGCCAACUCCCCCAACUCCGUCGCGCUCACCGUCCCGCAUUCCAAGCUCCUCGACCCCAAGCGCGGCCGCACCGAGGUCUUCGACGGCUUCUCCUCCGUCUUCUCACCCGAUUCCUCACAGCAUGAUGUAUUUAGUCAAGUGAUGAAUCCGCUGGUGGAUGACUUGUUGUUGGGAGGAAAGAGUGGCCUUCUGGUUGCAAUGGGUCCCACUGGCUCUGGAAAGACCCAUACUGUCUUUGGCUCCCCAAGGAAUCCUGGACUUGUACCACUCACGCUACGCCGCAUCUUCUCUCCAACAACACAUGAACCCUUCAGCAAACUACGAUCAUUUUGCUUCUCAAUGUUCGAGAUACUUUCUGAGGGAAAAGGAGAGCGGAUUCUUGACCUACUGUCUGAUGCGACCGACCUUGUUCUCCAGCAGUCAACAAUUAAAGGUCUUAAAGAGGUAUCCGUUGAAAAUUUUGCGGAUGCUGAGGCCUUACUUUUUUCUGGGAUGCUGAAGCGUACCACAGCUGCAACAAAUGCUAACAGCAAGUCAAGUCGAUCGCAGUGCAUUAUCACUAUACGUGCUGUUCAUAAAAGCUCUGAUGCAGAAAGUGAGAAUUCGCUUAAUAAUGCUGUCCUGACCAUAGCAGACCUUGCGGGGGCAGAGCGGGAAAGGAGAACUGGAAAUCAAGGUACACGAUUGCUAGAGAGUAAUUUCAUCAACAAUACAUCCAUGGUUUUUGGUCUCUGUUUGAGGUCUUUGUUAGAGCAUCAGAAAAACAAGAAGAAACCCUUGGAGAAGCACUUCAAGAACUCAAUGUUGACAAGGUACUUGAGAGACUACCUGGAAGGAAGGAAGAAAAUGACUCUGAUUUUGAAUGUGAAACCAGGAGAUGAUGAUUAUUUGGAUACAUCUUUUUUGCUAAGACAAGCAUCUCCGUACAUGAAAAUAAAGUAUACCAACCUUGAGGACUCUUCUGGAUUGGUUUCCCAAAAGAGAAGCAGUGCUUCCCUGAUUUGCCAAGAGAACACGAAAAAGAGGAAGAUUCAUAAGGUCGCAGGAAAGGAUGACAUUGAUAAGGAUGAUGGUGUUACAAUUUCUGAAAAAGAUGAGUCACAGUACAAGCUUCUUAAUUCAGAAUUGCGAAGAGUUUCGAGAAAUGAAGAAAUAAUGACAAACUUUGCCAGGGCUUUAUGGACUGUUUUAAAGCAGUAUAAACAAAAACUUUUGGAGUCUGAGAAUGCUGUUGAGAGCACAAGAGAAUUGCUUAGAUCUAAAGACAUCAAAAUUAUGGAGCUGGAGAAGAAGUUGAAGGUUCUAAGUUGUUCAUGCAAGAAAUUUCCAGCUGUUGAAGAUACCUUUGUUGAGCAAAACAAUGAUGUGUCUUCUGGUCAAGUGGCUCAAAGUUUUGUUUCUCUAUCAAGUCAAACUGAUCUUGUAUCUAUUGACUCUGCUCUAAACAAAUCUUUAGCAGUAGAAGAGGUCUCAGAAGAAUCUACAGGUCAUGGCCCUGAAAGGUCUUCAGAUUAUGAUGACAAGACAGGGACAGGGGGAUCUGAUGUUUGUGAUACUUCUAUUAUUAAGCUGAUAGCGGAAGAAGAAUUGUGCUCCGGAGAUUGUAAGCCAGAGAAAGCAAGUAGUUCCGAUGCUUUUAUUCCUGAGCAUGAUGUGGAAAAAGAAAACAUUGGGAUAGUGGUACAGGUGCUUGAUAAGAAGUUGGAUAGGUCUGAAAGUUGCUCUGAUGGUGGUGGUGUCACACAUUCAUCCAGUAGUUUGGAUCAUCCAUCUGAUCAAAGCUUUACAGAUACAUGCCUACAGAAUGAAAGCGCAAACCUGUCUCCACAAUUUAUUGGUGCUAGCAAGAAAUCUCCCAUAGAGCAAAGUGAAGAAGAAAGGGAAGAGAUACACAAUAUAACAACGGAGGGGAUUCAACAGAAUGUUCACACAAGAGGGGUGAAACAUCAUAGUACUCCAAGUUGUUCCCAAGAAGUGAACUCUGGCUCAUUACAUGUUAGCUCCAGUCAGUUGCAAGGGAUGGGUGCUCUUCAGCAGGAUCCUCAGUCAGAAAGAUGCAAGCCAACAGUAGAAAUAACCAUUGUGGAAUAUGGCUGUGCUCAACCUCCACAUGUAGUGGAUGAUCAUGGAGGCAUGUAUCCAUGUACGCUAAAUGGAAAAUCUUCCCCAAGGAAAGCUCCAAUAUCUCCAACCAAGGACAAUCAGGCUGAAAAACUGACAGAUAAAAUAGAGGAUCUCUCUGCUUCUAAGCCUUGCAAUAGAAAGAACACUAGAAGGAGAUUGCAGCCUGUGUCAGCUAUGAUGCUCAAAGAAUUCACAGGUCCUGAUAUAUUUGUGGAUACCAGAAAGGAAGAAAAAGUGAAAUCGUCAAGAGAUGCAAUGGGGAGAUCCGACAAGCUUAUUCGACUGUUGACAGACCACCCACCCCGUGCCCGUGGACGAGCCCAGUAGUAGCUUCUUUCUUCUCUUUUGGUCGUGGAGGUGUCCUGAGCUGCCUCUCUACUUUCUUUCUUUCUUGUUUACAAGGUCGAUCGGAAGAUGUUAUUUCGUAGGAUGUUCACUCAUUUUGCGGUACCAAUCACGUACUACUACUUCCACGGUUGUCUUUUGCAGUACCUGCUUGUUCAUCUUUUAUCGACCUUUUGACGUGUGGGUACAUGCGCCUGUGCUCAUGCGAAUAUACAUUUCUAUGUAAAUAUGCACUCGUUGCGUAUGCGCAAUGCAGUUCAAAUGUAAAUAGGGAGGCAAUUCUCGUCAUUGUACAUCUGUUUAAUCCUUA